AUGUCGCGCAUCACCGUAGCGAUCCUCUUCUACAUCCUCGCCAUUGCUGCCCUCAGCGCGGCGGAGGCCCCAGCGGAGUCACCGAAGGCAUCAAAGGCUCCUACUCCUGCCAAGGCACCUGAGGCUGCCAAGAAAGCUACGCCUACGAAGGCUCCCGAAGCUGCCCCCACCCCGUCAUCGUCCAGGAAGUCUGGUCCAGCUGCUGCGACGCCAACCACCACCUCUUCACCAUCUUCUUCCACAGACGAGGAGGCAUCAAGCCCUCCCCCACCAUCCACCUCGGCGGCAACCCCUGCCGCUGAGGGACCUGCCGAGGGACCGGCUGAUGCUGAUCACUCCAGCACUGCUACCCUCAAAUGUGGGGCUGCCAUGGUCAGCAUUGCGGCUAUGGUUGCUACCAUGAUCUUCUACUAA